GGAUGCCCGGUGUUGCCAUCAAACGUACUGCGUAAUUGCCCCUCCUGAUCUUACAAGAUGCCCGUCGGCCGUGGAAGCUCUCGGAAAGCUCACUAUACAUCUUGUGUACUCCACGAAACGACGGUGACCCGAAGACACGACACUCACUCGCCGCCUCAUAUCACUUCCAUCGAUACUUUCAGUGCUCUUAUUACCAUCUGAUAAAGCACAUAUCAGGCUUUCCUUCAUCCAAUUUCGUCUCAACCCGAACUCUUACUUCUAUAACCCCUCCUUGCUGUGGACUGAUAUUUGUCAAUUACGCUACGCGGGGUUGCCUGAAGAACAGCCGCCAAACAUAACAUCCACAAGCAACUAUACUACGUAACCACUCCUUGUAAGGACUCCAUCGUCUCAGCUUCACAAGGACAGCGUCAAUACAAAACAAAGUCUCAGCCUUCUCGUACCACUUGAACGAUAAAACUUCACAGCGAGACCGACCUUCAUACCAAAUUUGUUGCGCCAGCUCAACGCUAGAAGCAACAACGUUCACGUCUUCUCUCACUAUCCCCCACAAUCAUAGUCAAACCGCCAGUAUGUCGGCGCACGUUGAAGUGCUCUCUACGGACUUGAGAAGGACGAAAAUCAAAGUCACGCCCGGAACCUACAUGGUCGAUGUUCUGGGGGAAGCUUGUCAAAAGUUCAACCUCAACAGUGACAAGUACCAACUUAAGCACAAACAGAAGCUGAUCGACCUGUCUGGUCCCUUCCGGACGUCAGGUCUCGUGUCUGGCGCCAAGCUCGAACUUGUGCAAAAGUCUAAGAGCGCAGCAGUUGUGUCGAUAGCCCUCGAUGUCAACGGUCAGCGGUACACGAAGAAGCUAUCCAGUGACAUGACGCUGUGGCAGGUCAUGCGGCAGUUCGAGGUUGCGGAGAAAGGGUUAAACCUGACCGGCAGAGGCACGCCUAAGAGCAGUACUGGCCCUCAGGGAACCAGCGGUCAGUUAUACUUCGAGGCGCCAGUGGUGAGCAUCAUGGGCAGGGAGUACACUUCGAUGGAGGAUCUACAGAAGACGCUGUCCCAUUGUGGCAUUAAUUCUGGCAGCAUCGUUCUGCGGGUUUCCUUCCGCGAAACCGAGAAGACCCUGUAUGAGGCGAUGCAGGAUAUCGGCCAAUAUCUCAAAGAAGUGGAAUCAGAUCAACCGAAGACACAGGCAGACGAGCCUUCAGCUCCAGUGACUGGGUCAGCGCCGGCGAUACAGGAACCUACAGAAGAUCUUACUCUAGCUGCUGGGCCGAAGCCCAUCAAGGAGAGUACGUUAGCAGAGCCAGAACUACAGACGGGCUCCGUAGAGGGAACCAACGCCGCGGCCCCGGUCGCCCCUGCCCCGGAGCCAGUCCCGAGGACCGAUCCGAUGGACAUCGUCGAUGAGGUAGUCGCUCCUUCUGCCAUUCCUCCUACAGAGACCACGACCACUAUCAGCGAACCCAGCGACCCCCUCGUGCCUACGGGCGUCUUCAAUGCCCCGUCCUCUACCACUCCCAUCGCUGCCCAAAUUCAAGUAGACGAAUCUGUGUACGAGCCCACCAUCGCCCAUGCUCAGCUACGGCAACAACAGCUACUGCAACGGGCGCAAAACCAACGGCUCAAGUCCGAUGCCGAACUUGCGGCUGAUGCGGCCGAGGAAGCAGCUCGGCUCGCCAAGGUCACGCGGGUUGAUAUCAAGAUCCGUUUCCCGGACCAGACAUCGGCGCAGUGGACAGUUGCCCCGGAGCACACAGGCGCUUUCCUAUACCAGGCCGUCAAGGGAGUCAUGACCCAUCCUGACCAGCCUUUCCGCCUCAUCCUCCCCGGCACGCAUCCAGUCGUUGCGGUUCAAGAUGGUAACAAGAGGCUAGUGGCGGACUAUAAGCUUCGGGGUAGGGCACUGUUGAAUCUUGUAUGGGAUGAUGCGGCGUCGCAGGAGGCGCGCGAGGCGCCUUUUUUGAAGGGCAGUGUGGCUAGCCGAGCGCAGGAGGUAGUGGUACCAGAUGUCUCACAGGAGGAGGGUGAAGAGGAGAAGGAUGUCCAAGCUGGACAGUCGUCAUCGAGCGGCCAAGAGGUGAAGCGAAAGGGUGAUCAUGGUCUGGAUUCCGAUGCUGUCAAGAAGAAGUUGGGAAAAUUGUUCAAGCUGCCUGGUAGGAAAUGAGCAGCUCCCGACAACCUUGAGUUGGAUGACACCUUCAUUGUAUGCUUCCAAUUCAUAGAAACUUUUUGGUGGCCAUCAUCGGUAUCGUUGGGCGUUGGCUGAGAGGUAAAUGUACAAGAAAAUGAUUGGAUGGUACACUAGAUAAUAUGCCAGAGCUUCUCUAUGCACCGUCGAAUUUGGCAGCAAAACCCUGACAAAGUGCAGUGGGCAUCCAAUAUCCUACAAUCAUGGCACCCAGCAGGGUUAACGUUGACAAAUGUGAAGUCACACAGUCCGAAAAUGGGAAGUAGUUUGUUCGUGAUCAAGCAUCUUGCCAUU